ACGUUUCAGCUCCUCGCCACAGUUGACAGUCCUGAGCUGCAUAAGGAAUUGAAGGAGACUCUGCCGACUCACAUCGCUGCUUAGACCAAUAAUGCCUAAGCUCAGCUUCAUCUUCACCGUUAUCCUUGUGGUGUUUGUGUUUCUAUUGUUCAGUGCAUCUUCAGGACAAACUACGACUACACAAGCCAAUGAUGCAGAUACUUUUGAAGUGAUUGAGAGACGCAGCAGGAGGGUUCUGACGGACGUUCAGGAUUACGACUACGGUGGGUCCAACCCCAAACAUGAUCCACGCAGGAAGCCAGGGAAUGGACACUGAUCACGUCACUUCCAUCAUCCUGCGUAGCCAAGAACAGGGUAAAAGUCCGGUGACUGAUGAGUGAUGACGCUCUGGUCACUGGACUGGUAUCUAAUCUUGCUGAGUUCCUGUAAUGAGUAGAAUCAGAACGGUUUGAUCUUGAUCCCAUGCAUGUAUACACCCACGUCACUUUAUUAUUAUUAUUAUAAGGGAGAAACUAAGGCUAGCCAGUUGUGUUGUUCAGAUAAGAUAGCUUUUUAGAUAUGGAAUAAAGAUUCAGAAUGUGCUGUCAAUUCAGUCA